CCACACCCUUUAAUUUGGGAUUUUGGGACAUUAAUAUUGUCACGUAUUAUAUUGUUUCCUCCCGCUCAAAGUACUAUACGUACGUAGUAGUAAAUCUCUAGCUAGCUAGAACCUUGAUAUAUUAUUUACUUUAUUGUCGUCAAAAAAGAAAGAAAGAAAGAAUGGGUGAAAUUGGGUUGGGAUGUGAAUUCAGCAGCAAUGGGAACGGACAAAGAAAGAGCUGUUGGUACGAGGAGGAGAUUGACAAAGACUUGAGGUGGUGUUUUGCUCUUAAUAGCAUAUUACACACUGGAGCUACUCAGUACCAGGACAUUCAGCUUCUGGAUACAAAGCCCUUUGGAAAGGCCCUAGUCAUUGAUGGGAAAUUGCAGAGUGCUGAAACUGAUGAAUUUAUUUACCAUGAGUGCCUUGUUCAUCCACCGUUGAUUCAUCAUCCAAAUCCCAAAACUGUUUUCAUAAUGGGUGGAGGUGAAGGUUCUACAGCCAGAGAAAUUCUGAGGCACAAGACAAUAGAGAAGGUUGUCAUGUGUGAUAUUGAUCAGGAAGUGGUGGACUUCUGCAAGUCAUAUUUGGUGGUUAACAAGGAAGCAUUCGCUGACACAAGACUUGAUCUUGUUAUCAAUGAUGCAAGAGGAGAGCUUAAAAAGUGCAAAGAGAUGUAUGAUGUGAUCAUUGGAGACUUAGCAGACCCCAUUGAAGGAGGUCCAUGCUAUCAACUUUACACUAAAUCCUUUUAUGAAACCACUGUCAAACCAAGGCUCAAUAAAGAUGGCAUAUUUGUCACACAGGCAGGACCUGCUGGGAUUUUUAGCCACACCGAGGUUUUCUCUUGCAUCUACAAUACUCUCAAACAGGUUUUCAAAUAUGUGGUGCCUUAUUCUGCUCAUGUACCUUCAUAUGCUGACACGUGGGGAUGGGUUAUGGCGUCUGACACCCCAUUUGAGGUGAGUGUGGAUGAAAUAGACAAGAGAAUUACUCAGAGGGUGAAAGGGGAGAACAAAUAUCUUGAUGGGAAGACAUUCUCAUCUGCAUCAGUCUUAUGCAAAGCGGUUCGAAGAUCAUUGGACAAUGAGAGUCAUGUUUAUACAGAAGGCAGUGCAAGGUUCAUUUAUGGUCAUGGUACUGCUGGCAGACACAAUCAUGAUUGAGGGGAUGAAUGAAUGGCACACAACACAAGUUGGCUUACUGUAGUGGAAUGUUAAAGACUGGGAAAUUUGGGGGAGAAGAUAUCUUUCUAUGUUUUUUUUUGUAAUGUAUUCUAUUAAUCAUAAACCACUACCCCAUCCAAAAAUUAGGAACUUUGAAAAGAAGGAAAACUAAGGUUUUGAGGUUUUAUGAAUAUGUUCUCGUAAUUUUAUGGAUAUGUUUUGUUGAAUGUUGACAUAUGGAAUACAAUGGUAAUAGAAAGCACAAUAACAGAAUGGGAGAUGAAAAC